CGGCAAGGCGAGCAUGCGGGGUGGCGCCGUGGUUGGCUGACGGAGACUUCAGCCCGCUUGAUGCAGCGCUUCUCCAAGCCUCGCUGGCGCAUGGAUACUUUUUCUUCUCUCCUCCCGGACUCAUUACUUCAUUCAGACUGGGCUGUUGCACACCAAACGGAUGCAAAACGGAUGCAAAAAGGAGAAGAUGAAACGUUACAUCCUGCAUGACAUUCUACAUCAAUAAUAUAUCGACUACAUUCUCGCCGCAGCGCCACCUACCAUCAUCACCUUACCUUCCAUCGUCAUCUUUAACCAGCGCCGCGGGCCAUGGCGGGCCGCGACGUCGACCGACCGACCCGCGCGCCGUGCACCUUCUUCGCCCGGGGCCGCUGCACCAGAGGCGCGUCGUGCCCGUUUGUGCACGAGGUCGGCCCCGCCCCGAAGCCCAUCAAGCCCUGCCACUACUUCGCGGCGGGGCACUGCGCACACGGUAAUUCCUGUAGGUUCGCGCAUAGCCGCGACAGGGUCGUGGCCGCCGAGGCGCUGCCGCCCAAGACCGAGGUCUGCCGGUACUUUGCGGCCGGGAGGUGCACCAAGGGAGAGGAGUGCAGGUUCGCGCACGUGAACAGGGCGGGGGCGCAGAACAAACCCACCCCCGAGGACCCGCGAAAGAGGGUGCCGUGCCACUUCUUCGCCGUGGGCGGCUGUCGCAACGGCGAUGCCUGCCCGUUCCUGCACGACCUGGCGCUGCAGGUCGAGGAGGAGCUCGACCCUGUCGCCGAGGCGGCGCGCUUCUGUCUCGAGACCGACGACCUCGUCGACGAUUGGAUCCGCGUCAUAGAUGGGGCCGUCGUCAAGUUCGGCGAUGGCGCCUCGGUCCAGACCAUCUCGCUGGCGUCCGACUUCUCAGCCAUCCGCCUCGAUAACCUACCGUCGGGCAGCACCGCGACCUCGGUGGCCGGAGCGCUCCGGAAACUGGGGGUGCGCGUCCAGGAAGAAGACGUCAAGGUUAGGCCUGGUGUGGUCGGCGCCAACGACAGCGCCGACAUCAAGGUCGAGGACCCGUCCUUUGCGGCGCGGGUUCGCGAAAGGCUCGCGGCCGGCGACUCGCGGCUGCGCGCCGCGCGCAUCGACGUGCCCAUGCCGACCGGGUCCAGCCUGCACCGCGUCGACUGCCGCCGCGUGCUUUGUUCGUGGCAUAGCCCGCGCCGCACAGUCUGGCUUAACUUCGCCAAGGGAGACAAGGCCCUGGACGCCUUCUUCUACCUGCAAGCCAGCAAGAUCCGCAUCCAGGACCGCCUCGUCGUGCCGGGCGCUCCGACCGGCCCGCGCUUCGGCUGCUGGAGCCUCCGGCUUCCCGAUAUGAGCCCCGCCGUCGACGAGCGAGACUUUCGCGAGGCGCUCCCGCGAGGCAUGCGGCCCGACCGCGUUUCGCUGGCCAGGCCGACGUACGACACCGAGGUCGACGAGGUCGCGGGCAUGGUCGAGGGGAUGCUGCGGAACGUCGGCCCGCUCGAGUCGUGGUGCGUCAUGACGGCGAGCCAGCGCGGCAACCGCAUCAAGGCGCAGGCACGGUUCGAGAGCGAGGCCGACGCCAAGCGCGCGGCCGAGCGGCUCAAUGGCAGGGCGCUGCCCAUGAUGGACGGCGCCGACGGCAAGCCGUGCGACGACAUCGAGCUCGCGGUCCAGCACGUGCCCGUCGCCGUCAUCAAGGUGCCGAGACGUAACUACGCCACGCUCAAGGCGGUAGUGGACCGGCAGUGCGAGAUCUGGGCCGGCAUGUCCGGGGGCGCCGUCCACAUCGCCGCGUACCCUUCGACGCACGUCCACGUCGUGCUACGGCUGCAGGGGAGCGAUACCAGGAUGGUGGCCGAGGCGCACGCCGUGCUGUCUGAAAUAUUCAAGGGCAUCGAGCUCGAGGUCAGCAAAAGCGCUUGGAACACGGUGAUCCAGAAUCACGCGUGGUGGCGCGGCAUCUCACAACGGAUACGACAGGACUUUGGCGUGACGGUGGUGCGUGACAGGCGCGGGUCGCGGCUGCGUGUCUUUGGCGAAACGGCCGGCUACGAGCUCACGCGGCAGAAGAUCGUCUACGAGGUUGAGAAGUGCCUGGCCGAGGCGCGCGUCAUCGAGCUCGACGACAAUGCCUACAGCUGGGCUUGCUGGGGCGGUGGUUUCAAGUGGCUGGUGGCGCGCAUGGGCCGCGACAAGCUGGCCAUGGACACCACGUCGACGCCGAAACGCAUCCUAUGUCUCGGCGGCUCAGAGAGCGAUUACAAGGCGGUCUGGGAUAUCGUGUACGCCGGGAACACGAGCAGCAGUAGCAGCAGCAGCAGCGACGAUAACACCCGCAGCGUUGCCCCUCCGCCAUCGCACACCGACAACCCCAUCCCAGACUGCUGCGUCUGCUGGACCGAGGUCGAGGACGCCGUGACGACGCCGUGCGGCCACGUCUACUGCGCUGGGUGCUUCGUGGGCCUCUGCUGCGCCGAGGAGGCGCCGGCCGAUGCUAACAACACGGGCAGCCUCCAGAUCACGUGCGUGGGCGAUGGCGACACGUGCAAGAAGGCGCUGCCGCUCCCGGCGCUCAAGGAACACCUGUCGUCGGCGCAGUUCGAAAAGGCGCUGCAGGACGCCUUUGCGCUGCACGUGCGCCAGCACCCGCACGACUUUCGCUUCUGCCCGACCCCAGACUGCGGCUCCGUCUACCGCGUCCACCACGCCCGUGCCCGCGCCGAGCCGGGCGUCUUCACGUGUCCCGCGUGCAUCCAGUCGACGUGCACGGCCUGCCACGGCGCGGCGCACCAGGGCUACACGUGCGCCGAGUUCCGGGACCAGGGUGCGGGCGGCCAGGAGGCGCUGGCGCGGGCCAAGGCCGAGCUGGGCGUGCACGACUGCCCGCGGUGCAAGACGCUGAUCGAGAAGACGGAGGGGUGCAACCAUGUGACGUGCUCUUGCGGCGCGCACAUCUGCUGGAAGUGCCUGGCCGUCUUUGGCACGCCGGACCAGUGCUACGCGCACCUCAACGAGAGCCACGGCGGCUUCUUCGACGUGCCGCCCGACUCGGAUGACUCGGACGGUCCGGAUCCGGAGGACAGGGACUACGAGAUAUUCGAUUAGUCAGGGCUGGGCAGAGGAUGGCAAGAUGGAUGCGAUCGAUUUCCAGAGUUGUGCCCUGCCAUCACCCUCUGCCUCUGCCGCUGUCAGGUACGCGAGGUAGACAUUAGACCAGGGCGGCACGACCCGAACCAGGCACCAUUCCCACGCAGGCCUCCUAAAAAUAGUCGCGGAACCAUCGAGUCUAUUGCCGAAUGUAGAAAGAAGCUGUACAGAUAUAGAAAGCCGUGUAUGCAAGUCUCAAACGUGGGGUAAAUCAGCCCAGGGGAAAUAACGUAGUUGCAGUGUUGUGCCGGACAACAAGGGUUUUUUUUUUGGUCGUUUUUUUGCAAUGGCCGGGCGCCGCCG